UGCUCAUGCGCACUGCUAUGUUCUUGCUGCUUGUCUCACAAAAAAUAUAUCGAUGUGGCGUCUGUAAAGGGAAGGAAUUUGGCACAAAGUAAAGAGAUUUGAAAUGGAACCGUUCUUUUUCUUAUGCUUAUUUUGCGUGUGCAGCUUCGCAUUUGCCGUCGAUGACGAAAGGCUGCCUAAUAGAUGCGAAGUUUGUAAGUUUCUGACGGUGGAGCUGCAGGCAACCCUGGAUAAGACGGGACGAUCGAAGGAGGUUUUGGAGCUGGGAGCAGUCCUGGACACUGGGAAACGCAAACGCAAGAUCAAAUACAACACCUCGGAGACCCGACUGACAGAGGCAAUGGAUACCAUCUGUGAAGGGAUCCUUCAAUACAGUGUCCACGCUGAGAGACCAGGCAGCCUCCGAUACGCCAAGGGUACCAGUCAGACCAUGGCUACUCUGAAGAACCUUGUCCAUAAGGGGGUGAAGGUGGAACUGGGCCUGCCCUAUGAACUCUGGGAUGAACCUUCUGUGGAGGUUUCCGACAUGAAAAAACAGUGUGAGACAAUGCUGGAGCAGUAUGAGGAGGUGGUAGAGGACUGGUACUUCAACCAUCAGGACAAGAGGCUGGAGCGCUUCCUAUGUGAGACGCACGUCCUCAAGACCUCAGAGCUAGAGUGUCUACAGGAGGUGUGGAAGGGUGACAUGGGAAUAAAAGGAUCGGGAGAGGAGGCAGCAAGCGAAGGAGAGGGAGAAGGGAAAACGCACGAUGCAGGAGAACUGUAAAUUCGCACACAAGUCGCCCUGAGUAAACUCCCUCUUUCCCAUGAGGCAGGCAGCCCUGUUCCUGGAGUGCUGCUGGAACUGGCCCUGUUGUUGAAACCCGGCACAACACUGAGCUGCUCACAGGGACUGAGACACCGCGCCUGAAGAGAGCCCUCCAUUAUAUGUUUUUGUCUCCAACUUUAAUAUGAGCCAGUGUCUCAUUCAGGGGAACCCCUGCCCCAGGAUGUGCCUCUUCAGAACCAGGCUGGCCUUCCUCUGCCAUAUGGGAGUUAUGACUAUUCGUGCGUGGUUACAAUGCAUGGUUGACCAGCCAAGGCAACAUUACAAGUUUUACAUCUGCGUGUAUGAGAUAUUACUCUAAUAUGCACAUGGAACAAGACGCCAUCUAGUGGUGUGUGGCCAACUUUUUGAAGAUUUAUAAAUGUAUCCUCAUGGUUUCCGUUUUACAUCAAAUUGUUAUCAACAAUUUGUAUUCUCCCAAACCAGAAUGAAUGUGCCUUUUCAGUAAGUGAGUGACAGUCAGAAUCCUGCACUACAGAUUGAAAGUGAAUUUAAAAGCAACAGCGAGAACCUUUUCAAGAAUAGUGUGUUUUAAUUAUUUUUUUACAUUUUGUAUCAUUGUACAACUUUAUGGUACAUUUUUUAAAACAUGUUUUCAUAUACAUGUUUCCAAAAAGCCAUAUGUACAGUUCUUACAUUCAAAUAAACUGUGUUAAUCUUG